AUGGGAUUUUGGGAUCGGGGCUGGGAUUCCAUCCCCAUUCCCAGAUCCUUCCAUCCCAAAUCUCCGUCAUUCCGGGUGCGGGAGUCGCUGGCGGCCCAGACGGGGCUGACGGUUCGAGUGGUCCAGGUCUGGUUCCAGAACCAACGAGCCAAGGUGAAGAAGCUCGCCCGCCGACAGCAGCAGGAGCAGCUCGGGAAUUCCAGAGGGGAAAUUCCAGAGGGGAGGAGAGGCCGGGAUCGGGAUGGGGAAGGCUCGGGAAUUUUCCAGGAGCCUCCCGGGGACGCUCCGGGAUCCAGCGAGAAUUCCCGGCGGGCGAACCUCGGGAAUGCCGGAAUUCCCGGAAUUCCGGAGUUUGGGAAUGGCCGGGAGCGGCUCCAGCCCGGAAUUCCGGGAAUUCCAGAGUUUGGGAAUGCCCUGGAGCGCCCCUAUCCCGGAAUUCCUGGAAUUCCUGAGCCCGGGAAUCCCCUGGAGCAACUCUAUCCUGGAAUUCCAGAGUUUGGGAAUGGCCUGGAGCGCCCCUAUCCUGGAAUUCCUGGAAUUCUGGAGUCCAGGAAUGGCCGGGAGCGGCUCCAGCUCAGAAUUCCGGGAAUUCCAGAGUUUGGGAAUGCCCUGGAGCGCCCCUAUCCCGGAAUUCCUGGAAUUCCUGAGCCCGGGAAUGCCCUGGAGCAGCUCCAUCCUGGAAUUCCGGAGUUUGGGAAUCCCCGGGAGCAGCUCCAUCCCGGAAUUCCGGGAAUUCCAGAGUUUGGGAAUGGCCGGGAGCGGCUCCAGCCCGGAAUUCCCGGAAUUCCAGAGCCUGGGAAUGCCCUGGAGCGCCCCUAUCCUGGAAUUCCUGGAAUUUUGGAGUCUGGGAAUGGCUGGGAGCGGCUCAAUCCCGGAAUUCCGGAGUUUGGGAAUCCCCUGCAGCGCCCCUAUCCUGGAAUUCCCGGAAUUCCUGAGCCUGGGAAUCCCCUGGAGCGCCCCUAUCCCGGAAUUCCGGGAAUUCCUGAGCCCGGGAAUGCCCUGGAGCGGCUCCAUCCCGGAAUUCCGGAGUCUGGGAAUGGCUGGGAGCGGCUCCAUCCCGGAAUUCCCGGAAUUCCAGAGUUUGGGAAUGCCCUGGAGCGCCCCUAUCCCGGAAUUCCCGGAAUUCCUGAACCCGGGAAUCCCCUGGAGCGCCCCUAUCCUGGAAUUCCGGGAAUUCCUGAGCCCGGGAAUCCCCUGGAGCGCCUUUGCUCCAUGCACAGCUCCGACUUCACCUCCUGA